CGCCCUCUGGCUCGAGGGGGGAAGGGGCCGCGCCGCCAGCGUGGGGCUCCGACGCGGGCCCCCCUGCCUCAGGCGGCCGAGGGACCGCGGCACACGGCAGGCGCGAUGAGCGCUUGCGGCGGCGCGGCCCCGCGGGAGCAGUCGCCGCUGCUCCCGAGGAAGGAUGGCGGCGAGGCGGCGAACGCGGCGAAGCUCCGGAUUAUCUUCGUCGGCAGCAUAUUCAUGUGUGGAUGCGUCGGGAGUACCCUCAUUGUCUUCACUGGUGACAAGAUCGCCAAGGACCCCGCUGGUUUCUCGGAGUCGCAGGUGUCCUAUUGCCAGAUGUUGUUCUGGGUGGGAUGGGCGACGGCGUCGGCCACGCUGAUGCCCUCGGUCGACAGCCUGGGCCGCAAGGUGCCCUGCUACAGCCUGCUCGGCAUCGCCGUGCUCGCUGGCAUCAUCAGCACGCGUACCCAGCAGGUGUGGCUCUACGGCGCCAUGCUCUUCGUGGUGGGCUUCACGCUGCCGCCCUCCGGCCAGAUCGGCUACCUGCUCAUGCAGGAGUCGGUGCCGGAGCGCCUGCGUGCCGCCACCACGGUCGGGGUCAACGUCGGCUUCAGCCUGGUCCUCAUCCUGAUGGCGCUCCAGUGCGGCUAUGUUACCCGCGCCUGGAGCUGGCGCCUCGAGACCAUGGCCUGGUACGCCCCGAUGCUGCUCGGUUGGGGGCGGCGGAUCUGCUUGGUGGGGCCGCUGUUUGUCAGCGAGUCCCCAGUCUUCGCUGCGCAGGGGCAAGGAAGCCCGUCGAAGCGCCUGGCAACGGCCGAGGCCGCGGGGGCGGCCGAGGCGUCGGGGUCGCAGCAGCUCUUCGGCGCUGGGAUGCGGGCCACCAUGUUUUACACCUGCAUCUGCUGGACCUCGGCGUCCGUCAGCUUCUACGGGCUGUCGUACUCGGCGGGGAGCCUUUCCCCGAACGUGUACAUGAACGUCAUCCUUUUCGCCCUCACAGAUAUCGUAGGCUACGCCAUCCCGGCCCCAAUAGUGGGCGCGAUGGGCUCCAAGAACGCGCAGAUUGCCGGCUUCUCCGGGACGGCUUUGUCGCUGCUCCUGUGCGCGAUGCUGCCGCAGGGCUCGUGGAUGGCCGUGGCCUGCGCGCUGGUCGGCCGCCUCCACAUCGACGUCGCCUUCAGCACGGUCUUCCUCCUCAUCGUGGACUGCUUCCCGUCCAGCUGCCGCGCGGCCGCCCUCGGGGUGGCCAACGUGUCUUCGAGGUCGCUCACCUUCGCGGCCCCGCUGUGCGCGAAGGCGCCGGCUUACCUGUCGUGCAGCGUGCUCUCCGCGCUGUGCUUCGCCGCGGUGGGGGCCACGUGGGCGCUGGACGUGCAGUCGGGCGACAGGCCCGCGGUGCCGGCCUCGCCCUCGCAGGCGGUGGCCGGGCCCGCGCGGGCGGGGAAGGCCUCGGGGGCGGCGGUGUCGGUCUGA